AUGCAUCCUGAAAAUUUGGCACAGUAUAACGCAAUUAUUCAGCAGCAGCUUCUAGAGGGAAUCAUUGAGUUAGCUCCGCUCGGGACUACGGGAUCCUCUGGCUGGAGUUCAAAAAUAGCGACCAAUAUUUAUGUAGACAAUGUCCUCUUACUUUUGGAAACAGAAGGGGAAGCACUCGAAGCGUAUCAGGAAUCGAAACAAAUUUUCUUAUCAGCCAAGAUGAAUUUAUGCGACUACAUUUCAAAUUCCACAUUCGUCAGUGAAAAGAUAAAACCAGAGGACCGUUAUCCCACGCAGAAUGUCAAAGUCCUUGGCCUGAUAUGGAACGUCUUUGACGAUAUGCUCAUAUACCGAGUAGGGCUUGUACUGAAGAAAUUGAAUGGCACAUUAUUACAGACGCCUCUUCUCGUGCAAAUUGCGCAGCUGUCUAUGCGCGUUCAAAAACUAACAUUUGCUCAUUAUUUCGAAGUGCCGCAUAUCUCCAAUUCAAGGUUUGACUUACCACGCUUGGAGCUCUUAGGAGUUUUGAUCGGUGUUCAAAUUUCCCAAUUGAUUGCGAAACAGCUUCGUUUAAGCAAUAUGCAUUUUACUUUGUGGUGCGACAGCAAAUGCGUUCUUUCUUGGAUCGAAGUAGAAAUCGAUGACAGUUUACCACGGUUUUUCCGGCAACACGCGGACUGUCUCCAUCGAUGCUUUCCGCAUCAAUCCGGUAAUGCAACGGUCCAGAUUGGCUUUCUAAAACUCGCUCAAAUUGGCCUCGUUUCGAAGUACCUAGAUCGGAUUCCAUUCAAUAAGAGCAGUUUAUCAGUGCAGCUGUUAGUGAUCUUAUUCAAAUUUCAUGUAGCGUUAAUGCAGCAGGUGCGAACACAUUUUCGACUUCAUGGAAUACGCUUAUUGACACAGCCGCAUACGUACUGUGUUUCCUCCGUAAAAUUACACGCAUGCUUGCUACUUGGCUUGCACCUAUCUCUAGAUCUGGGGUGUUCCAAAACAUCUGAAAAUUGCACAAAAUUGUUUGUUUCGCCAAACACAGCGCCACAUCAGCGAAUAGGAAAUAAGGACAAACUCUGGCGAUGUGGGGGUCGUCUUACGACAACUAGAUUGCCACAGCAAGAAAAACGUCCAAUAUUUUUACCGCGACAGAGUCGAAUAACAUAG